CCCCUAAUAAACCAAAAAAAAUAAAAAAAAAAUAGAACCCUCUUUGAUUCAUUUUGACUUCCUUUCAAUUUCAAUGAAGAUUCUUUCUCUCUAGAAAUCUCUCUCUCUGUUUCUCUUGAUUGAAGUUGCUGCUAUUUUUGCUUUUAAAAAAGAGAUAAGAGGGAAUGGGUUGUGCUGGAUCCUCACAGUCUAAAGCAGAUGGGGCUGUGAAGAAGAUUCGGAAGCCAAAACCUUGGAAGCAUCCUCAGCCUAUAACAAAGUCUCAGCUUAUACAGUUGCGUGAUGAGUUUUGGGAUACUGCUCCUCACUAUGGUGGAAGAAAAGAGAUUUGGGAUGCUCUUCGAGCUGCUGCUGAAGCUGACCUAACCCUUGCGCAAGCUAUUGUGGACAGUGCUGGUGUAAUUGUUCAAAAUGCUGAUUUGACAAUAUGCUAUGAUGAAAGAGGUGCGAAAUAUGAACUGCCCAAGUAUGUUUUGAGCGAGCCAACCAACUUAAUUCGAGACAAUUGAUAACAGGGAAACCGAUUAGCGGCAUUGUGCACAGAUUGAAUGUAAAUCAUCAUGUAUAUUAUUUCCUAUCAUACCUUUAAUAAAGGAAGGUGGGUCAUUUUAUGCGUUUGUUGAGACUUUUUUUUUUUUUUUUUAUCUGUUCUACUGUAAAACCCUGUUGUCAACUGAACAAGACUACAGCAAUUGUUUGGAUUUAGUGAAAAAAGAUCUUAGUUUUUCCUAUCAAAACAGAAGUUAAAUUGCUGGACUAAA